GAAGGGGCGAGAGCCAAGUGAGACGCUUAUUCCGUCGUCGACGUUAGUCGCUGUCGUCGCUGCUAACGAUUCCCCACAGAUGAAAACAUCAAAAGAAAAUGGGUGUUAGCCAUGAAAAGACUAGAUGUGAAUACUGCAGGCAUUUGGGAGCCCAAAAAAGGAGACGUGCUGUGCUCGAGGCACUUCAAGAAGACAGACUUUGACAGAAGCACUCCAAACACUAAGCUGAAACCAGGAGCCAUCCCUUCUGUCUUUGAGUCUCCCUGUCACUUACAGGAGAAAAGAGAAAAGCUUCAUUGUAGAAAAAACUUCAUUCUCAAAACCCUUCCUGUCAGUAACCGUGGCCACCAGCUUGUUGGCGCCUCAUGCAUUGCAGAAUUCCAACCCCAGCUCAUUUUUGAACAUAGCUACAGUGUUAUGGACAGUCCAAAGAAACUUAAGCAUAAAUUAGAUCUUGUGAUCAUCGAGCUAGAGAAUACCAAGGAAAGUCUACAGAAUGUUUUGGACCGAGAAAAACAUUUUCAGAAAUCGUUGAGGAAGACAAUCAGGGAAUUAAAGGAUGAAAGUCUGAUCAGCCAGGAAACAGCCAGUAGACUGGAUGCUUUCUGUUGGGAGUGUUGUCAGGAAAGCACAGCUUGAGACGACUGAAUAUGCUCCAUCUGCAACGGACAUGAUAACGCUUCUUCGAAGCCUCUCCCACACCGCCACUCAACCCUUUCAGCACCGGCAGCACCGGCAGCAGUAUGGAAGCCAAAAGCUGGUUGGAGAUGUGCAGAAAGCUGGUGUGGUUGUGCACUUGUGUGACUUGUGACAAUUCUGUUUUACACACUUAAACUACUGCUGGGUCACUACUGUAAGGUGGUUAAAUCUCAUAAAAGUAAGGAACUAUACCAAGUUGGCCAUAUUAAGUUCUGGCAGUUAGAAGAUCAACAUGUUUACUUGUAUAUGCUUUAUAGUAAAUUGUGAUUUUA